AGUUGACACCUGACGUUUACAACGAAAGCCCUGAAAAUGGCGAAUCGCUUUUAGAAACUCAGAUCAGGAAGGCAGUUUUUCCUUGAAUUUUUAAGUGCUUUUUUAUUUCUAGACAGAGGUUUUUGUUAACACUUGUGAAGCUGUGAUAUGUUUAAAAAUUCAUACUGUUUAUCACCAAAUUAUAGCUGUAAAUCGUCCAAUUUAUUAAAGGAGUUGACCAGAGCAGCUGAGGUCAAAGCAAAUGAACCUAACCCAUAGAGGAGUAUUAUUUGUAAACGUUUUUUGUUAAAGUCUUUUUUAAACUGUUCCUGUCCAGUUUGUCUCUGUGUUUGAGUCUAGUUAACCAUGUUUUGGAAGAACAAUGCUCCGCCAUCCCAAAUUGAUUCUCUACUUGCAAAGGCAGAUGUUACUCUGCAAGAGGUAAUGGAGUCUGAUGAUAUAAUUAGUGAAUGUAGAGCUCAAAAUAAAAAUUUAAUUGAUUUCUUACUUAAACCAGAAAUAAUGUCAGAAUUAGUUUUAUUAACUACCACUGAACCUUCAGAUGAAAAAGAGAUGAAAGAACGAUUUAAAUAUUCCCAUAUUGCUAGUGAAUUACUUUCAUGUGAUGUACCUUCUAUAAAUGAACGCCUUGCAGGAGAUGAGAGGUUAUUAGAAAAACUAUAUGAAUUUUUGGAAAAAGAGCCUCCUUUGAAUUCACUUCUAGCCUCCUAUUUUAGCAAAAUUAUGGGUGGCCUUAUUGCCAAGAAGACUGAACAGAACUGGCUGUCCUAUCAACUGACAUGCUUGCAGGUCCUAGAUUUUUUAAAGGCAAAAGAAACAUUUUUGCCUUUGCUAAUGAAACACCUUGAGACUAGCGCCAUCAUGGAUCUCAUGCUCAAAUUGAUGACGCAGGUCGAAGGAGUGGAGAUGAGACAGAACAUUUUAAAUUGGUUGGACAGCCAAAGAGUGAUUCAAAAACUGAUAAGCCUGUUUGAUCCUAAGGUUGAUAAAGACAGGCAUGAUAACGUUGCUCAAUUGCUGUGCGAUUUCUUGAGGACGGCUAGAGAUACCCAGCGAGGCUGUACGGAACGUUUAUUUCCAGAUCCUCUUUUAAAUACUCUUGAGUCCCCCGAAACAAUCAAAGGACUUCUAAAUGAAAUGUUAUUUAAAGAGAAAUGCGAGAGUUCUAUAGUUGGCGGCAUUUCUUUGUUGUUAGUAUUAUUAGAUGUAAAUCAAACUAGUUCAACAGGUUUUAGAUCAGCAGCCAGAAUGCUAGGUAACAAUAUGUACAGUGUAAACAUAAAUUACGAGGCUGCGGAUAUGGAGCAUAAGCAAAAGAUAAUUAAAAAUACGACAGAGGCAAUUGCUGGAGUAGUAAAAGAGUUUCAUAUGUUAUUGUUAGAGCCGCCUAAGAAAAAUCCAGUCCUCACCACUGUUGGUACUCUAGAUCCUCCUUUGGGUAAUACCAGACUACAAAUAAUAAAACUUCUUAGUUCGAUCGUAUCAACCAAUUAUGGAAAUCUUCACGAGCAGCUCAUCGAUUUAGGCACUUUCCCGGUACUUUUAGAUUUGUUUUUCAAGUACUCAUUUAACAAUUUUCUACAUACACAAGUGGAGAACUGUAUAGUGGCGGUUCUAGAGACGGGUACGGCGCAAGAGGGUGAAGAAAUUAGCAAUUUAUGUAAGCAUUUAUUAGACAACUGUAAUUUAGUAGAACGUGUAAUCGGAUCGUGGAAAACAAACGAUCAAAAUCAAUCAGAACACAAGGCAAUUAGGCAAGGGUAUAUGGGUCACUUAAUUACCAUGGUCACUUAUAUAUUAGAAAUAACCACAGAGACCCCACUAGGUGAAUGGUUUAAAAAAGUUAAACCGGAAACUGCAAAUAUGUUAGAUGAGUUUAAAGUGGCUACUUUGCAGGAAGUUUUGGAACAACAAGAUACAAUUUUAGGUGGUCAGCUUCCAAGCGCGGCGAUUCAGGACAACGAAGAGUAUGGAGAUAUUCCUUUUGUAGAGAACAGUGACCUACAACAGCAGAGUUAUUCGGAAUAUCAAAUGCAGAAUCUAUCGACUCAGUAUAUUGAUGGCUACAGCGGGUUUAACGACGAUUCUUUUAAUGACGGAGAUGAUACACUUCAGACAAUCGAUAAUCCGUCAGAUAUAAACUUCGAUCUGAGGGAGAGUGACUUAAUGCAGCGCGACGCCCUUUUUAAGCAGGUCUGCGCACAAAGCAUCAACACGCUGUUCGAUGCAGAGGAUCAAAUAUUUGAGGAGCGAGACCACACUUUUCAGACUGUGAUUGAGAAAAAGGAAAGUCAAGAUGCUCAUGCAGAAGUUAACAGUAGCGAUAGCGACGAUGAAAGUCCCUCGACCAGCGGCGGAGAGGAUAAUAUGGAUAUAGAUCCAUGGACUUCUGCAAAAAAUGACCCGUGGAGCACCCUGGCAACUACAACAUCGUGCGGAGAUGAAAACUCGACCGGCUGGGCAGAUUUUAGUGCGGCUAGUUUUAGCUCAGAUGCGCAGGCCGCUUUUGAGGCAAAUUUCCCCGAUAGCCCAGAAAAAAAGGACGAAGAAACGGCACAAGAGGAGCAGUCAGCGACAGCCGCGGAUCCAAAACCGACAAUAAAUAAGAGUAGUGAGACCAUAGGAUCAAUAUCUGUAAAGCAGGGCGCAGAAGGUAGUAAAGAGGAAAAAGAAGAAACGAGACAGGAAACUGCAGCUGCGGGUGAUCACCCCUUGCAAGGAGAUGAGGAAGCCAGUAAAAACAGUGGACUGCCACCUUCUAUGGCUUUAGCAGGAGACCUCACUCCGCCCAAAGCACCGCCACCGCUAGCAACCACAGUGCAACCAGAAAAAGUUUGAAGGCUCCCGGACUAAAAUGUUUCAUUUUUUUUGUGACAUAUCACAAACCAGUAAGAGGGGGCGGGGAAAUUAAAAUACUGAUAUCAAACUCUGUUAAUCUUGUUACCGGGUGUCAAAUUAAAAAAAAAUCUUGCCGGACGAAAAACUGUGAUUUUUAAGCCAGGAAGGGUCCAACAGUUUAUUCUCUUGUAACGUGGUACACUUAAUUUUGUAACUAAAUUUGUACAAUAUUACUUAUUGUUUAUGGCCUAGGCCGUAUUUGUUUUACUAUUCUGUCAGGAACAGGGUGUCGUAGUGGGACAACCUUCGUCGAGCAAUAUUGUAUUUUUUAGUUUAAAGUUAUAGAGGAUUAGUAGUUCUUGUAUUUAAGGUAAAGACUAAUUUUUCAUUUUAAAUAUUCCCUAGUCCGGUAUUAAAAAUUCAACGCAGUUUCGUGGGACCCUCACUAAGUAUUUUUUAAAUGCUCCUAUUGCCAAAAGAGUGCAAUAUAUAAUGUAAAAUAAAUAAAUCAAGUAGAUUUGGAGAUGGCACUGGCAAGCGCCAAGCGAUAUACAGGGUGUCUAGUUAAUCGCUUUUGGAAAAAAAUACAAAAAGACGUUUUGUAGGAAAAUACUACCCAUGUGAUAUAAAAAAUAAUCCUUUCGCGUGUAGUUAGAUAACAUAAAACAGGUGCCUGUAAAAGUAAAUAUUGUAUAAAAAAGUUGUAUUCAUCGAAUAUAUAAAUAGAAUAAAUUUAAUAAGGAAAAAGUUAUCUACUUACAUAUUAUACAGGGUGUUUGUGAAGAAGUAUUAUUGCCUCUAUAAUUAUAUACGCGCAGUAUGUUUUUUGUUAUUACAUAUCAUUAGUUUUCAAAUUCUUUUUUUGUAAAGCUUUAUGUACAUCUUUUGUAUUCAAUUAUAAAAUAUGUUCAAAAUUUAUAUUAUUCUGAAAGGAAAUUGUUAGACUCCACAUAAAAUAAAAUUAUCUUUAUUCGGUUUUCGAUUUUUAAAAUUUUCAAAAUCAAUGGUUGCCUUCUAUUAUUAAACUAAAUAUCUUAUAUACGUUAUUUACAAUAAGGAUUUUAAUAUAUGUAAAACGGUGAACAUUUUAAGGAGCUCAAAUAACGCUUUGUUAGAUGUGUUGCUAGGACUUGUUUUGAUGGCAUGCUUCUUUAUUUAUAGACCUGUGUUAUUAUUAGACAACAUUUUUUCUAAUCCAAUAAACUCAAGGUAUUUUUCUACAGGGUAAUCCAUAAGAAAAUUUAUUUAACUUUUUUAGCAAAAUAUAAGGACUAUUUUGGUUAUCUACCGCUGCCAUUUAUAAAUAUUACUACAAUACCUAUAUUCAUUAUGAUUUUUUGUGAGUGGAUGCUCGGUAUAUAUGGUAUUUCACGACAAUUCGUGUUUUAUUUAUUAUUGUUUAAACUGUGAGAUAGAGAGGCAAUAAAAAAAUAAUCUAAGCAUCAUUGGUACAUAGUGGCGUGAUAUUCCAGUAUUUCUAUAAGGAUGCCCGCCAAAAAUGUUAAUUAAAUUCAUAAAAAUUCUCAAAGAUGAAAGUUUUGAUUUAAAACACCUUGGCGAGACAGAAGUAAAGACAAAUGAUUGUAAGUGAUUUUUUUAAUACGAUGAACCCAACUGAUUUCGGAUAAUGCAAAUUUCGUAUAAAACGGAAAGAAAAUAUUAAAAACUGAUAAUACUUGUACAGGCUGAUAAUACAACAUUUUCAUAGCCCUUUUAUUUUUUAGGAUACAGGGCAUUUUUGAAAUUUUUGCAUUUUGGGAUCCCCCUCGUAUCUCUGAGUUAUUAUUAAAAAUAAAAUAUAUCUACACCACUAAAUUCUACGGAAAAAAAUCCAUAAGAAUAAGUUUUUACUUUUACAAAAACUUUUAAAAUAACGAAGAUAUGAUGGGGGUACCAAAAUGCAAAAAUUUUAAAAAUGCUCUGUAUCUUAAAAACUAAAAGGGCUAUAAAAAUUUUGGUGACGGCAUCUUUAGUUUUAUGGAAAAGUGUCGCGAAAACCGCAACUGUUUAUCUCUAAAAAUAACGGAGAUAUCCCGCAAAAGUACUCUGUACGGGGUGUCCCAGUUUCAUGCGUUUUAUGGGGUAUCUCGCUUAUGCGUGGAGAUAGAAACUUGUGGUUUUCGCGACAGUUUGCUACUUUUUUGUGAAACUUAAUAUGCCGUUGUCAAAACUUUGACAGCUGUCAUAGUUUCUAAUCUUUUUUAAAAAUUUUAGAUUUUCGAACACUCCUCGUAUCUUUGUUACUGUAUAACAUAUUGAAAAAGUAAAAAAUGGUUUUGAUAGGAUUAGGAUAUUGAUAGGAUUUUUUCCAUAGAAUUUGAUUCCGGCAUCCAUUUUAUUGUAAGGUUUUUUUAUUUUUAAGAAAAAAAUUAAAUAUAGUUUUCUUAAACGGAACACCCUGUAUAUUUAUAGACCUUUAAAUUGGUCGUAUUUUACUCUUUUCAAAAAUAUAUAACACUAUGCACUUUUGUUCAAAAAUAAGCAAAUAAAUAACGAUUUUAGAAAUUUAAAUACAAAUUUUCAUAUAGUAAGCCAUAAAUUAAUAAUAAAAUUUAUAAAAAUUAGGUGCUUAUAAUCGUAAUUACACCGAUUUGUAUAAAAUAUAUCUAAUUCUACAUAAAAAAGAAGGAAACUUGUAACUUAGAAUAAAACAUUAAAUAAAUUAACAAUAAUAAUUUAUUAACAAAAUGGAUGCUGGAAUCAAAUUCUACGGAAAAACUCUAUCAAAACCAUUUUUUACUUUUUUAAUAUUUUAUACAGUAACAAAGAAACGAGGAGUGUUCGAAGAUCUAAAAUUUUUAAAAAGACCCUGUAGAUUAAAAACUAUGACAGCUGUCAAAGUUUUGACAACGGCAUAUUAGUUUGAUAAAAAAGUAGCAAACUGUCACGAAAACCGCAAGUUUCUAUCUACGCAUAAGCGGGAUACCCCAUAAAACACCCUGUACAUACGUAUUUAUAAAAUCAUACUCGUAUAACGCAAAAAAAAAACAAACAUUAAUUGUCUAUUAGAAAAAUUAGUAUGUUUAUAAGUUACUCAAAUACCGUCAGGCGAUAGAGUACCGUUUUGACCAAAUGACUUGGUUGAAUUGAAUUUUUGGCCAAACCUAUUAAUUUUCAUUGCAACGACAUCUAGCGCUCAAAUUAAGCAAUUAAAGUACUUCACCUUAACCGCAUAAUUUUGGUCUGAAGGGGGUUAUUCAUAGGGUUGUUCGGCUUUAAAAACUCAACUAAAUCACCACCCUUAUUAACGUAAAAUAUUUGUUUCAAUAACAAGCAACAAACACUACAUUGAAUGUACUAACGAUGUAAUUUUAGGAGUCAGAAACAUGAAUUAUUUUUCUCCACGUCCUAGUUUGUCCUCACUUGGGCGUCUUGCACCAUUCUCUAAUAGCAGAAUACCUUUUGUCGGAUAUCCGAGUUUUUUUUAACUAUAGGUUUGCCUCGGGAACAAAAUCUUUAUAAAAGAAAUCGUUAAAUAAAUCGUUAUCCAUCUGAGCACUUUUUUAAUUUUUGUAAUACUGGAAGAGUGUUGGAACUUGUCUAAAUGUUUAAUUUUGGUUUUCAUUCGGUUUUAUAACUUUCUUCAAUACAAGCCCAUAUACGAUAAAACCGAAUGUGAUUCGAAAAAUGGACGACUUGUGCGAUUAUCGUAUUAACUUAGAAAGAAACAUGCCACAAAUGCAUUUUCUUAUGGAUAACCCCAACUAUUUAUUAUUUUAUAUUUAUAUUUAAACUAAUAUUGCAUUAAUUUUAUACUUUUUUGGCUGCGUACUAGUACGUUUGUUGAUUUUGGAUGAUUGGUUGGUUUGGAAUGAUUAUUUUUAUGAACGACUAAUUUAAAAAAAUAAUUUUGUGAAGCCAUAAUGGACGACGUAGACGUCUACUAAAUGUACAUAAUAAAUAGCUUAACAAAUCAAGUUCGCCCUGUUAAGUCAAAGCUACUUAAGGUGAUAUAAUCCGUCUUUUUAUGAACCAAAAUUUAAUGUUUUACCUUACUUGUAUAGUUUUUGCUGUUUUAUACCUUCUAACUUCUUAGUACAAAUGCGGCGUUUCUAUGUUCUGUUCGCGUAUUGUAGAGAAUGCGUUUGGCAGCGGUUUGUUUCGCAUGCAAUUACUUAAGUAUUAAGAUGCCAACUAUUAAGGCUAAAUGAACUAUGAAAAAAAUGUUGUUCAUUUAAUCCUGUUAAAUUGCCGUUUUUUGCAAUUUAAAACAGCCGAAACUAAAGUUUUGUGUAGGUAGGGGAUAUAUACUUUAAAAAAUCUAAUUCUGCCUAUUGUAGUUUGCUUCGAAGCCGUGUUGUAUAAAAGGAUUAAAUAGCUUUUUUAUUGUAACUCUAAUAACUGAAUUGGCUAUCCUAUUACCACUUAAAAAACAUUUUUUAUUGUAUUAAUGUAACACCUAAUAAAAAGGUAAAAUACUAUGAAUUCGUGACAACUAUAUUUUCCCUAAAAUUAUUUAACUAUCUAUAAAGCAUGCCCACAUUAUUCAGGUAUAGUAGGUUUACAAGCGUUUACAACUAAAAAGAUUUCUUGCAUUUACGUCACGUUUUGAACGUAUAUCUAGUAAAAUUUAAAAAAAAAAGUUUUUUACCCGAUCAAAUAACACCUGUUAAUUCUAAUAGUGGGAUAUCCCUAGGAAAAAUGUCCACAUUUAGUUGUUAAUUGUGAAAAAGUUGUAAUAUUUUAAAACUUAACAGGAUGCCGUUAAAAUGGUAUAUUCAAAUAUUUUUUUCUCAUCUGGCAUAUUUUGGAGAUAUUGAUUAAUAAUAUAAACUGGAAUAUGGAGUAUUUGCUACUUUUUGAGGUAUCUUGUUUUAUUUGAUAUUUUGAUUUGUAAAACUUGAAAAAGGAAAUUUAAAAUGUUCUGGAAUAUUGCUUUUGUAUACACAAUGUACAAUAUAUUUGUGGAACAUUUCAAGAAUAUUGUAGUUGUAUAUUUCAUAUAUAUUAAGUGUCUUUUAGGAAAAGAUGUCCUAGAAUGACGAAUUGUGACUAUGAAGAGUCUAUACACAUAAUAUUCCAUGCGAUAAAAGUAGCAUUGCGAAAACUACAUAUAGUUUACUUUUAAAAAUAACGGAGGUAACCGUUACAAUAAGAUCUGGACACACUAUACACCAUAUUAUCUCGAACAGUUUAUACAUAAUUUAUUCUAAGUAUUUUUUUUAGAUUAUGGUAAGAUAUAAGAUACAAAAAGAAUAAUUUAACCUUUUGUUGAGGCUGAGUAAAUUCAGAUUUCAGUUUCCCUCAGCCCUAUACCCAUGCAAAACUUUAACUUUGUUUUAGCUCCUUGAAAGCUAUGCAGUAUUAAUUCCACCAAGCCAUUGCCAAAAAGCAACAUUGUUAUUAAAAUACAUAAAUCUGUUGUAAAUUUUAAGUAAAACUCAACAUAUGGGGCGCGUUUGAAUGAGGUACCCCAAAAACUAUUUACGCCCUCUUCAGUUUAUUAAAAGACCUAUCAUACAUUAUAAUAUUUGUUAUAAUGUUUAAUCGUUAGUCACAUGCAGCGAUUUUUUAUAGGCAUAAUAUAUACUCACUAUCUAAUUUGUGUUUUUAGAUUGUGUCUAUAACUAGCUGAGCAUUAUAUAUAUUAUGUGGCACGAGUUUAAAAAUGUUUUUUCUACUUAUUUAAAUUAUUUAAAGGCUGGAUGAACUGCUAAACAACGUUCUUUUCCGGGGUCCGUCUGUUUAAAACUAUUUGUUGUUUUUUUUAUGUAAAGCGUAAAUGGAUCGACUUUUUUUCAGUUAACUGCUGGUUAGUUACCCGGACGUUGUUCGACGGUUGCGAAACUCAGCCUAAGAAUGUACAUUUCUCAUGAAAUCAGUGCCUAGUUAUUAUUAAUUGUAUAUUUUUUAAAUUUCACAUACCGACUAUUAUUUAAAAAUAUUCCAUGUCCUUAUGUUGAUUUAAAUAAAAAAUAAAAAAAUA